AUGCCAGAUAUGCAUUCGAGAAAGGACUCUAUUCCGUCGUUGAAGGCUGUUUCAGUCGUUUCAUCCGGCUCGCCACGAUCUACUCCUCGAGCGAAGAAGAAGGAUGUCCCAAAGCUGACCGCGGAAGAGCAAGAAAAACGAAAUCGCAAGCACCAGAAAAAAGAAGAGCUUACACGAGAGCAUGACAAGAUCAUUUCCGAAAUCGAGCAAAAUGCGAGCAUGGACACUGCCCUCAAGACUGUCUACACACUUGGUCAUGUCGGCCGGUUUCAGAAAAAGCUUGAGAAACGAAUCAGAAACCAGGAGCGUGAAAUCGAGCGCAUGUGCGGCUUCCACUAUUCACACUUUGUAGAAGCGAUUGAAGAGCUCUCUGGAAUCCAGGGCGAUGCUUCCCGCCUCGUCCGGCAAGUUGCCGAGACAAACAAGGAUUUACAAGAACUUGGGGCGGACAUUACGAGCAGACACAAGGAGCGGAUCAGGAUGAGGAAGCAGCAGGAUAAUAUCAACAAAGUAAUUCUAACGAUGGAAUCGACUCUGCCAAUCCUGGUUUCUUAUGGAAAACUGAGGGAGCAAAUGGCGCAAGGAAAAUACUAUUCCGCGCUGAAAACCCUCCAAGAAAUCGAGCACGGUCAUUUGCCCGGUGUCAUUCAGUUCAAAUUCGCAGAAGUCAUCAAAAAUUCAUUCCCAAAGCUUCGUCAGGAGGUCCUUUCUACUUCGUCGAACGAGCUAAAAGACUUCCUCGAGAUCGUUCAAGUCAACGCCCCGAAAGUGGGGACGGUUAUUUUGCAAAAGUACUUGCAAAAACGAAGACCCAAUAAUCCUUCACAACCAAAACGAAUGCCAGCUGCCUCAAUUGUACCUUCUGUAGCACCACCUCCAAAAAAGAUGAUGAAAGUAUACAGUUCAAAACACAGUUUAACCGAAUCGGCUAAAGAUGCACGACUCAUGAAUGGAUCCUUGAAUCGAACCACUUCUUCGCAAAUGAACCCAUUUGGAAAUGACGAUUAUUCGGAAAGCGGACGAUCUGGAAGGUCUGAGAAUCCAUUCUCCGACGAUGGCAACCCUUUUUCUGACAAUGAAAGCCGAGGAGGCAAUCCUUUUUCAGGGGAUGAAGCGUCGGCAAACGGAAACCCUUUCGGCGACGAAGACGAUCUCCCAGAAGUCGAUCGUAGCUCCUACUACUCCCAUUCCCGCCGCCCUUCACACGCGAUCAACCCAUUUUCAGAAGAAGACGAGAUCGCCACCGACGAUGAAUUCAGCGAAAUGAUGUCGAUGGCUGAAUCGGCGGCGCCUCGAUGGGAAUGGGACUUGGACAGAGAUGUUUCUGAUUUUGUCGAUUUUACGCCGAUACACAAAAGUCUUCAUAUCCACUCGCUUCUUGGCGGAAAAAGCGAGUUUAUCGAGAGCUACAGGGCUGAAAGAGAGCAUCAAGCGAGGCUGUUAUUCACUCUGCCAAAAGAUAUACGACACUUUGCUCAGAUUUACCGGCGAUUUCUUCAUCAGAUUUUGGGAUUCUUCGCCAUCGAAGAUGUUCUGCUACAUUCCACGAAAGAACUGCUUAUCGAUCGAGAAUGGCUCGGCAGAUUGUUGACUACGGCAGUCAGUAGAGUCCUUAUGCUCCUACGCGCGCAGCUGGCCUACUCGGUAGAUUGCAAGGAGCUGAUUGAUUCAAAAGAACUCACAGUCGCUUUCAGCGAUGCCCUGGCUUCUUAUGGCUUUCACGCUGGUGUGUCCGACCUCAACGCAGUCAUUCCUGAAAUGUGGAGACAGUAUGUAGAAGGGCUCCUGAAAUUCUUUGGCUCAGAGUUUUCCGCUGCAAUCAACAAAGAUCGUCUCGUGCCAAUGAUGGUGGCUAGCUCUGUUGAGGAGCAAAAGUUCUUCAAAUAUGGCCAGAAAUUGUUGAAGAAAUUAGGGGAUAGAUAUCCGAAGAAAUUACCGUUUUCAAGUUCUGUACUACGGAUCCACGAAAUCCUGGUCAAUUUCAUCGACGAAGCGCACAUCUACUGCAUCGAUGUCGAGUUGAUUGAUGUCUGCGUUGAUGUCGCCCUUGCUAAGUCUGUUGAAUCCCUUCUUCAACGUAAUCUUCGGGUCGCUCUGGAAAAGAAAAUCAUGGACGAAAGUCUCACGCUCGAAGAAAUGCUUCAAUUCGUGACGAAUCUGACUCAUAUGGAAAAAUCUGUCAAGGAUAUCGAGACGUAUAUCAAGGAGCUCGACCAUGGAGAUAGAAAAACAUCAGGGAAAAAGAAGGCCCGCCGCAGAAUGAGAGAGCUCGGCGCUCAGCUCUUCCAGGACCUUCGCCGCCUCGCCGAAAAUGGAAUUAAUCCUCGCCUAAACGACAAGCUCGACGCUCUCCUUGAUCGCCCAUUCGACUGGUCGAUGAAAGAAGCAACAGGAACAACGAGUGGUUAUCUCAAAGAAACCUUCCAGUUUCUCGAUGAGACGUUUGAGAAACUGAGGGUGCUGAAAAUGUCGGAUCAGUUGAUUUCCGAGGCGAUUUUUGCGACAUAUCAGCAUAUAGGCUUCUCGCUCCUCGAAAAACUCAUCGACGACCAAAUCGCGAUGAUCAACAUGGGCGCUCUGCACCAGCUCUCGCUCGAUGUCCUCUUUUGCCUCGGCCAGAUCGCCAAUGCUUCGCAAUUUAUGACGGGAAAUAUGCGAGAAACACUCGAAGGAAUUCUUGGAGAGACGUGGCAAAUGGUCGAUUUGUUCACUGAAUGGGACUGGGAAACGUACUUUCAAGAAUAUGGCCAAGAAACGAGCAAAUAUGCGCUUGUCAAUCCUGGUACUGCUCUCAAAGUGAUGGAAAAACUGCGGCAAGACAAGAAGAGCAAAAACAUGCUUGCCAGCUUGAACAUCAACAAACGCAAGAAGCAAAAGAUGCAAGAUACAGUCAUCAAACAGCUUCGUGGACUGAUUAAAGAUUGGUCCUUGCUAACCCAACCUCAUAGACGCCUCUCACAGGACCAACAAGACUUUUUUCGCGUCGAAUAA